GUAGAGGUGAGAUAUUUAAAUUAAAAUAUCGAUUCAAUUACAAUUGUAUCGAUCUGAUACCAAUACCAGUGUUGGCAUCGAUACUAUCGAUAUUUAGAUCGAUCCGCCCACCUCUAGUGUGUAUUCUUUCGGCGUACGUGAGAGAAUAUUUGCGACUGCAGUAAUGGCAAGAACUAAGCAGACCGCUCGUAAAUCCACUGGUGGCAAAGCGCCGAGGAAGCAGCUCGCUACUAAAGCUGCCCGUAAGAGCGCACCAGCCACCGGCGGCGUGAAGAAGCCUCAUCGUUACAGGCCCGGUACCGUGGCGCUGAGAGAAAUCCGCCGCUACCAGAAGUCCACCGAGCUGCUUAUUCGUAAGCUGCCUUUCCAGCGUCUGGUGAGAGAAAUCGCUCAGGACUUCAAGACUGAUCUGCGCUUCCAGAGUUCCGCCGUCAUGGCCCUGCAGGAGGCCAGUGAGGCUUAUUUGGUCGGCCUCUUUGAGGACACCAACCUGUGUGCCAUCCACGCCAAGAGAGUCACCAUCAUGCCCAAAGACAUUCAGCUGGCGCGCCGUAUUCGUGGAGAACGCGCUUAAACUCUUGCCUAUCUCACCCCUAUCAACCUAAAGGCUCUUUUAAGAGCCACCUCAACUCCACUGAACGAGACAAUUUCCUUUGUAAUAGUCGCUUUGGAUAAAAGCGUCUGCUAAAUGACUUAAUGUAAAUGUAAUAGUAUUUUCUGCAGUAAUGGUGUGGUCUUGAUAGUUGGAUGUAAAAAUUAAAAAUGGUCAUUUUUCAUUACAUUACAUAAGGUCAGAAUAGUUCAAUACGAGAAAGAUGUAAUAUCACAGGCACAGUAAACUUAGCAGAGGUAUUUCUCGAAAACUCGCCCUAGAAAUAAAAAUCAGUUUGGCCAUUUCUGUGCGAAUCGGUCCAAAUAUACGAGCGGAGACUGGAAUUAAAUAGACCACAUUUGUCAAAUGAGCAGCCACAAAAACGGUUUUCACAUGGUUUACAUUAAGUUAUGAACCGAAUGUUAGAAAAUGACAAACGAGACAUUAAAGCAAUAGGCACGGAACAGGAAAAAUAAUGACCGUCAGAAAACGAAUUUCAGACAAAGCAUUCAAGAGUUAUAAGCAAUUAUAUUAAAAGCGUCACUGACAGGUGUAUUUGAUAUAUUACGUAUCAAUAGCAUGCAUGUUGUUUUAGAGUAAUAUAAUAUAAUAAUUAUCCUUGUGCUUAAACAAUAAUCAAAAGGGUACACCGUUGGUCUCCCACCAUAUGCGCUGUCAUCAGCACAAAUGAUAUGUCCCUAAACGUCAAAUCCAAUCCACCAUCCCCCUAAUUUUUUUUACAACUCGAGUGCUAUAGGUCGAUAUGAAUAUUAACAACAACAAAAAAAUGGAGAAAAAAAUCUCAUUUAUCUUAUUUAUAUAUUACGGAACAUCCAUGGCCAUAGCAGUAUAAACUAAUCUAGAUAACCCUUCAGCCUUUGAUAAUAAAAUAAAAAAAACAUCUCAAUGCGUUAAUUCUCUCUCUCUCUCUCUCUCUCUCUCUCUCUCUCGGUCUCCCUUCUUUGGGGUCCUUAGGGGGAGCGAUCAUAGGCUGUGUCCCAAAUCGGGGGCUGCGUGCUUUUUUGUGUGUGUGUGGGGGGGUGCUUUGAAGGCUGCAUUUUAAGACCAAUUGCGUCACAGCAGCGCGACUGAAGGCUGGUAAGGCUGUCCCGAUUCAAAGGUUGCUGUCGGUACACGAUCCGGGAUGCCUGCACGAUCCGUUCUGCGCAUGCGCAUAAUGACGUAGUAAACAACUUCACGGUUUCCCUACACUAUUGGUAUCAAGCAUGCGAUGAAACGCUUGACGGCCAGACGGCACAACUGGCGGCAUAUUUUUGUAGGCUACGUCGUGUUUUUCAUUUAACAGUUCACGGCGGGUCUAUUUUGAUGUUUUAAAAUGUAGCUUACGCUAUGCAUUACGAUGUGUUUACGUGGUUGCCAAUCCAAAAUAAUAAAGGAGUUGUUACAUGAACAUACACGAUUUUGGUUACAUGUGGAAUAAAGUCUGAGUCUUGAGAGUCUGUCACUGCAAACCUUCAGUUUCCUCCAUACUCCCCUUUGCGAUUCAUUGCUGCAUGGCAUUAGGCCUACUUAACUUGCCGUGUUUCGAUCUGAGGUCAGUAGUAUUGUCAAAGACGGUUUUUAUUAAAAGCUGCUAAUAUUAGUUCACUUUAAAUCGACUCGUUUUGUAUUAGUAUGGGUCUAUAUAUAGGCUAAUAUAUCUAUCUAUAUAAUCUAAAUGAGGAAUAAUCCCUUCAAUGGUGGUUACAGAACACAAUAAGGAACAUAAUAUGCAUUUCCGCCUAGACUAUCUGCACUUACAUGAAGAAAGAACUACAAACAAGUCUGGGAAACGUUACAGAGUAUUUCAACGCAUAGUGUGCACACAGAAGUGACAUGAGACCAGAGGUGGACAGUAGUGAAAGUCGCGGUACAAAGGUGCUCAAGCGUGGAACAGAUCGUGCAGUGUCGUCGCUAAACAGAAUUGUCUACUACGUCAUUAUGCGCAUGCGUGAACGGAUCGUGCAGGCAUCCCGGAUCG